CCACCUGGCACCGACCGGACCGACGCUCGAGUUUUUCAAAGACUCUCUCCGGAGGGAGUCGCUGAUAGAAACAAAAUGCGAGGGAAAAUUGCGCCUGAAGAAUCUUCGUAAUCCUCUUCUCCGUCGUCGAUUCCGGACGGAGAGCUGUCGGAAUCUCCUGAAUUUGUAUCUUAAGUUUAGUAGCAGAGGAGGAAACCCUAUUAAACUCCGGAAACUUUGACCUAGCUUUACCCGUCGGCGAGUCGUGAUACAUCGUCGUUGAUCGGCCUGGGAGAAGAAAGAGGUGGAGGGGCUCCUGGCGGCGGAACCCUAGAGGAGCGUUUCGCUUGUCGAGUUAAGCUUCGUUUCGCCAUGAGUCCCAUUCAGAAUUUCGAGCAACACUCCCGUCGUCUGGUGGAGCCUGACCUCCCUAUUCAGACGAGGCUUGAAAUGGUGGUGGAGGUCAGGGACAGUCUUGAGAUAGCUCAUACGGCUGAGUACUUGAAUUUCCUGAAAUGUUACUUCCGGGCAUUCUCGGUGAUUCUUCUACAGAUUACAAAGCCGCAAUUCUCUGAUAAUCCUGAGCACAAAUUACGGAACAUUGUGGUUGAGAUCCUCAAUCGUCUCCCUCACAGCGAGGUUCUCCGUCCUUUUGUUCAGGACCUCUUGAAGGUUGCAAUGCAGGUUCUUGCAACGGAUAAUGAAGAAAAUGGCUUGAUUUGCAUCCGCAUUAUCUUUGACCUUCUUAGGAAUUUUAGGCCGGCUCUAGAGAAUGAGGUUCAACCAUUCUUAGAUUUUGUUUGCAAGGUAUACCAGAACUUCAGAUUUACCGUCAGUCACUUCUUUGAAAAUGUUGCAAUGGAGGAGGUGAAGCCCAUGGAAACAUCUACAACUUCUGAUCAGUCCCUUACUCCUCCUGGGCCCGUUGGGAAUGGGCAGCUUAGCCCAAGUACUCGUUCAUUUAAGAUAGUUACAGAGAGCCCUCUCGUAGUUAUGUUUCUUUUCCAGCUGUACAGCCGACUUGUUCAGACCAACAUCCCUAAUUUGCUGCCCCUAAUGGUUGCUGCCAUAUCUGUCCCUGGACCUGAUAAAGUUCCUCCGCAUCUGAAGCCACACUUCAUUGAGUUGAAGGGUGCACAGGUUAAGACAGUUUCUUUCUUAACUUAUUUGUUAAAGAGUUGUGCCGAAUAUAUCAGGCCACAUGAAGAAAGCAUAUGUAAAAGCAUUGUAAAUUUGCUUGUGACCUGUUCAGACUCUGCAUCGAUCAGAAAGGAACUCUUGGUCUCAUUAAAGCAUGUACUUGGGACGGACUUCAAGAGAGGUUUAUUUCCUCUCAUUGACAUUCUUUUGGAAGAGAGGGUUCUAGUUGGAACUGGCCGGGCAUGCUUCGAGUCUCUGAGACCUUUGGCUUAUAGCCUACUCGCUGAGAUUGUUCACCACGUUCGAGGAGAUCUGUCCCUUUCCCAGUUAUCGCGGAUUAUCUACUUAUUCUCAAGAAAUAUGCAUGACUCUACGCUCUCUCUUAAUAUCCAUACGACAUGUGCUCGGCUGAUGUUAAAUCUGGUAGAGCCGAUAUUUGAGAAAGGUGUUGAUCAACAGUCAAUGGAUGAGACACGUAUUUUGUUGGGGCGUAUCCUGGAUGCCUUUGUUGGGAAAUUCAGUACCUUCAAGCGUACUAUUCCUCAGCUUUUAGAGGAGGGUGAGGUGGGAAAGGAUCGGGUCACUUUGAGGUCAAAGCUUGAGCUUCCUGUGCAGGCAGUUUUAAAUUUGCAGGUUCCUGUUGAACAUUCCAAAGAAGUGAAUGAUUGUAAGAAUCUGAUCAAGACACUGGUCAUGGGAAUGAAGACAAUUAUAUGGAGCAUUACCCAUGCAAAUAUGCCUCGGCCUCAGGUUUCUCCUGCUGCCCAUGGGAUGCAUCCACAGGCUCUUGCUUCACAAUCAUCAACCCCUCAGGUUUUUAAAGGGCUGAGAGAAGAUGAGGUUUGGAAAGCAUCUGGUGUUCUGAAGAGUGGUGUCCACUGCUUAGCUCUCUUCAAAGAGAAGGAUGAGGAGAAGGAAAUGCUCCACCUUUUCUCCCAAAUUUUUGCUAUUAUGGAACCUCGAGAUCUGAUGGAUAUGUUCUCUUUGUGUAUGCCUGAGCUCUUUGAGUGCAUGAUUGACAAUACUCAAUUGGUUCAGAUAUUUUCCACCCUUCUGGUAGCCCCCAAAGUAUGCAAGCCACUUGCCGAUGUUUUGAUUAAUUUUCUCGUAAGCAACAAACUUGAUGUUUUGAGGAAUCCAGAUUCAGCUGCUACUAAACUAGUUUUGCAUCUGUUCCGAUGCACCUUUGGCGCUGUUGCUAAAGCCCCUUCUGAUUUUGAGCGGAUAUUGCAACCUCAUGUCCCUGUUAUUAUGGAGGUCUGCAUGAAGAAUUCCACGGAAAUUGAAAAACCUCUGGGUUAUAUGCAACUGCUCCGCACGGUAUUUAGAGCACUUGCUGGAUGUAAAUUUGAGCUGCUUCUGAGAGAUUUGAUCCCUGUGCUGCUACCUUGUCUUAAUUUGCUCUUGCUGAUGCUUGAGGGUCCAGCUGGGGAAGACAUGAGAGACCUUUUGUUGGAGCUUUGUUUGACACUUCCUGCACGCUUAAGCUCCUUACUGCCAUACCUUCCCCGUCUCAUGAAGCCUCUUGUGUCCUGUUUGCGAGGAAGUGAUGAACUUGUGAGCUUGGGGUUACGCACCCUUGAGUUUUGGGUUGAUAGUCUGAAUCCUGAUUUCUUAGAACCGAGUAUGGCGAAUGUGAUGUCUGAAGUGAUCUUAGCAUUAUGGUCUCACUUGAAGCCUGUACCUUAUCCUUGGGGUGGAAAGGCUUUACAAAUCCUCGGAAAGUUGGGUGGUCGCAACAGGCGGUUUCUGAAAGAACCACUUACACUUGAAUGCAAGGAGAAUCCAGAGCAUGGGCUCCGUUUAGUUCUGACAUUUGAGCCAUCCACUCCAUUUCUGGUGCCGCUAGACAAAUUCAUUAAUCUUGCUGUAGCAGCAGUUAUUGAGAAAAACCUUGGCAUGGACAUCUACUACAGAAAGCAAGCUCUAAAAUUUCUCUGUGUUUGCUUGUUGUCUCAGCUUAAUUUGCCUUGUUGUGUCACUGAUGAGGGUCAAACGCCCAGACAGUUGUCUACUUUGCUGCUUUCCUCUGUUGACUCGUCCUGGCGCAGAUCUGAGCCAACAGAGAUGAAGGCUGACUUAGGAGUAAAAACGAAGACCCAAUUAAUGGCUGAGAGAUCCAUUUUCAAGACACUAUUGAUCACUGUAAUUGCUGCCAGUUCUGAUCCGGAUCUCAGCGAUUCAAAUGAUGACUUUGUUGUAAACAUUUGCAGGCAUUUCGCCAUUAUUUUACAUGUUGACUACACCUCAAACACUACAAGUAUAGGUCCACUUGGGGGUUCUGUAAUUUCUGCGAGUUCCAGGUCAAAGAGUAAUCGGACUUCUAACUUAAAGCAGCUGGAUUCUCUGAUUUUUUUGGAUGCGCUGGUUGAUGUGCUUGCAGAUGAAAACAGGCUCCAUGCAAGAGCUGCUCUGAAUGCGUUAAAUGUGUUUGCUGAAACUCUACUGUUCCUUGCUCGUGUUAAGCAUGCCGAUGCAUUGAUGUCGAGAGGUGGUCAUAAUGCUUCUAUGAUUGUCUCCAGUCCUUCUACAAAUCCUGUAUACUCACCCCAUCCAAGUGUGCGUAUACCAGUAUUUGAGCAGCUUUUGCCUCGGCUUCUGCAUUGCUGUUACGGGAGUACAUGGCAAGCACAGAUGGGAGGGAUUAUGGGAUUAGGUGCCUUGGUUGGGAAAGUGAAUGUGGAAACAUUAUGUCUUUUCCAAGUAAAAAUUGUUCGUGGUCUGGUCUAUGUUUUAAAGAGACUUCCUGUUCAUGCUAGCAAAGAGCAAGACGAGACAACUCAGGUUCUUAUGCAGAUUCUGCGAGUUGUUAACAAUGUUGAUGAAGCAAACAGUGAAUCACGUAGACAAAGCUUUCAAGGUGUAGUAGAAUAUCUUGCUACCGAGUUGUUCAAUCCUAAUGCAUCUAUCACAGUGAGAAGAAAUGUGCAGAACUGUCUUGCACUUUUGGCUAGCCGAACUGGUAGUGAGGUAUCUGAGUUGCUUGAACCUUUAUACCAACCUUUACUGCAACCACUUGUAAUGCGUCCACUUCGAUCAAAGACGAUUGAUCAACAGGUUGGAACAGUCACAGCCCUAAACUUUUGUUUAGCUCUGCGGCCCCCACUUCUAAAAUUGAGUCCUGAGUUAAUUAACUUCUUGCAAGAGGCAUUACAAAUAGCCGAGGCUGAUGAAACUGUUUGGGCUGUGAAGUUGAUGAAUCCCAAGGUGCUUACAUCAUUGAACAGACUUCGGACAGCUUGUAUCGAGCUUCUGUGCACAACUAUGGCAUGGGCAGACUUUAGAACUCCGAGCCACUCGGAACUGCGUGCUAAGAUAAUUUCCAUGUUUUUCAAGUCUCUAACAUGCCGAGCACCUGAAAUUGUGGCUGUUGCUAAGGAGGGUUUACGACAGGUUAUUAAUCAACAGCGGAUGCCAAAGGAACUUCUUCAGAGUAGCCUGAGACCUAUAUUAGUUAAUUUGGCGCACACAAAGAAUCUCAGUAUGCCUUUACUGCAAGGUCUGGCCCGCCUUCUUGAACUUCUGUCCAAUUGGUUUAAUGUCACAUUAGGAGGCAAAUUGCUGGAGCACCUUAAAAAGUGGUUGGAGCCGGAGAAACUUGCCCAGUCCCAGAAAUCUUGGAAAGCUGGUGAAGAGCCAAAAAUAGCUGCUGCUAUUAUCGAACUCUUCCACUUGCUUCCGCAAGCUGCAUCAAAAUUUCUUGAUGAACUUGUGACGUUAACUAUCAACUUAGAAGCGGCUCUUCCUCCAGGGCAAGUGUACAGCGAGAUUAAUAGCCCAUACCUUCUUCCGCUUACCAAGUUUUUAAAUCGAUAUGCAACCCUCGCUGUUGAUUAUUUUCUGGCCAGAUUAAGUGAACCAAAAUACUUCCGAAGGUUUAUACGUAUAAUCCGAUCAGAUGCUGGCCAGCCAUUAAGGGAAGAGCUUGCAAAGUCUCCCGAGAAGAUACUUUCAAGUGCUUUUCUUGAAUUUUUGCCAAAGUCUAAUGCUACAAUGAGCACAAUAGCUUCAACUCCACCAGCUACAUCAUCUGGGGAUGAAAACCUUGUUUCUGCUCAAUCAGAUAACUCUAACACGCCAUCGGCAAAAGCAACUGUGACAUCUGGUUCUUAUUUCCAGGGGCUUGACCUCAUCAAAACAAUGGUGAAAUUGAUACCUGGCUGGCUGCAGAGUAACAGAAUUGUAUUUGAUUCCUUAGUUCUCAUCUGGAAAUCUCCUGCUAGGGUAUCCCGUCUGCAGAAUGAACAAGAGUUGAAUUUGGUUCAGGUAAAAGAGAGUAAAUGGCUUGUGAAGUGCUUCCUGAAUUACCUGCAACAUGACAGAUGUGAAAUUAAUGUCCUCUUUGAUAUUCUCUCCAUCUUCUUGUUCCACAGCCGCAUUGAUUACACCUUUCUUAAGGAGUUCUACAUAGUCGAGGUUGCAGAAGGAUAUCCACCCAGCAUGAAAAAAGCUCUUCUUUUGCAUUUUCUAAACCUUUUCCAAUCAAAACAACUUGGUCAUGAUCAUCUAGUUGUGGCAAUGCAAAUGCUUAUUCUUCCAAUGCUUGCCCAUGCGUUCCAGAAUGCCCAAACUUGGGAGGUUAUUGACCCUAAUAUUAUUAAGACAAUUGUGGAGGGGCUUCUUGAUCCGCCUGAAGAGGUUUCCGCUGAAUAUGAUGAACCUUUGAGGAUCGAACUUUUACAGUUAGCUACUCUGCUUCUAAAAUAUCUUCAGAGUGACCUGGUUCAUCAUAGGAAAGAGCUCAUAAAGUUUGGAUGGAAUCAUCUUAAACGGGAAGACAGUGCCAGUAAGCAGUGGGCAUUUGUCAAUGUUUGCCACUUCUUGGAUGCUUAUCAGGCUCCAGAGAAAAUAAUUCUCCAGGUUUUUGUUGCCCUUCUUAGGACAUGCCAGCCAGAGAAUAAGAUGCUAGUCAAGCAAGCUUUGGAUAUUCUAAUGCCUGCUUUACCAAAAAGGCUGCCUCUGGGAGAUUCACGCAUGCCAAUUUGGAUAAGAUAUACUAAAAAAAUUCUGGUUGAGGAGGGUCAUUCAGUUCCCAAUUUGAUCCACAUCUUCCAACUUAUUGUUCGGCAUUCAGAUAUCUUUUACAGCUGUAGAGCACAGUUUGUACCCCAGAUGGUGAAUUCUCUAAGUCGUCUCGGUUUGCCAUAUAACACUGCAGCAGAAAACAGGCGGCUUGCAAUUGAACUUGCUGGAUUGGUUGUCAGCUGGGAAAGCCAAAGACAACAUGAAAUGAAAGUGGUGACUGAUAUCGAUGGAGCCAGCCAAGUUAGUGAUGGAUUACAUCCUUCAUCCGGUGCUGAUUCUAAGCAUCAAACAGAUGGAUCCACAUCGGAGGAUUUAAGCAAACGUGUUAAAGUUGAAGCUGGUCUCCAAUCACUCUGCGUCAUGUCACCUGGUGGUGCGUCGUCAAUCCCCAAUGUAGAAACUCCUGGAUCUGCUGCCCAGCCCGAUGAGGAAUUCAAGCCUAAUGCUGCUAUGGAAGAAAUGAUCAUCAAUUUUCUCAUAAGGGUUGCUUUGGUAAUUGAACCUAAGGACAAGGAAGCAAACACUAUGUACAAACAAGCUUUAGAUUUGCUUUCUCAAGCUUUGGAGGUUUGGCCAAAUGCUAAUGUGAAGUUCAACUAUUUGGAAAAACUGCUGAGCAGCAUGCCUUCAUCUCAGUCAGAUCCGUCCUCAGCUCUUGCCCAGGGCUUGGAUAUCAUGAAUAGGGUUAUUGAGAAGCAGCCACAUCUUUUCAUAAGGAACAACAUCGGCCCAAUUUCACAGAUAUCUGAGCCAUGUUUCAAAUACAAGCUGCUGGAUACUGGAAAAUCACUUUGCUCUUUGUUGAAGAUGGUAUUCACUGCAUUCUCGCUGGAUGCAGCUAGUACGCCUCCUGAUAUAAAACUAUUGUAUCAGAAAGUCAAUGAGCUGAUACACAAACAUGUGAAUGCUGUUACUGCACCACAAGCAUCAGGAGAUGAUAAUUCUCGUAGUUCAAUUAGCUUUGUGCUUCUUAUCAUUAAAACAUUGACAGAGGUACAGAAAAGUUUUGUUGAUCCAUUUGUGUUGGUGCGUAUCCUUCAACGCCUUGUGCGAGACCUGGGAUCAUCAGCGGGCUCUCAUCCUAGACAAGUAUGGUAUCCUCUGGAGGUUGUUCUUCUAAUGACUUACACUGGUGGUACUCAUUUCCAGGUUCAGCGAACAGAUUCAGAUUCUGCACUAACCUCUUCCCUUCAAAGUGCUGAUAUUGGGGCAGUCACAUCUAAUAUAAAGUCAGUCUUGAAACUUAUUGACGAGAGGGUCAUGGUAGUAGCAGAAUGCAAAAAAUCGGUAACUCAGAUAUUGAACAACAUGCUUUCUGAAAAAGGUAACGAUUCUAGUGUGCUUCUUUGCAUACUAGACUUGGUAAAAAGGUGGAUUGAGGAUGAUCUCAGCAAGUCACGCACAUCUAGUUCACCUGGUGCUUUUCUUACCCAUAAGGACAUAGUUUCUUUCCUUCAGAAGCUUUCACAGGUUGAUAAGCAACAAUUCUCAGCUGAGGCUUUGGAAGAAUGGGAUAAGAAAUAUCUUCAGCUUUUAUAUGGACUUUGCUCUGAUUCAACGAAGUACCCACCUGCCAUACGACAAGAGGUCUAUCAGAAGGUUGAAAGACAUUUCAUGCUUGGUCUACGUGCAAAGGAUCCUGAAAUGCGAAGGACGUUCUUCUUGCUAUAUCAUGAGUCUAUUGGAAAAAACUUGUUUGCCAGAUUGCAGUACAUUAUUCAACUCCAGGAUUGGGAAGCUUUAAGUGAUGUUUUUUGGCUCAAACAGGGCCUUGAUCUCCUUUUGGCUAUCUUAGUUGAGGAAAAGCCAAUCAGUCUUGCACCAAAUUCUGCUAGGGUUCUACCCCUUUUGCCUUCAGGUUCGCCAUCUGACAAUUCUGAAACGCAACACGAAGCUCCUGUUUCACUGGAGGGUCCUGAAGAAGUUGUUUCAAUGUUUGAUAGUAUUAUCAUGAAGCAUGCACAAUUUCUGAGUUCAACAAGCGGACUUCAGGUGGCUGAUGUUGUUAUCCCUUUAAGGGAGUUGGCUCACACAGAUGCCAAUGUUGCAUAUCAUCUGUGGGUGUUGGUAUUUCCAAUUGUGUGGGUAACCCUACUCAAGGAAGAGCAGGUAGCGUUGGCUAAACCUAUGAUAUCUCUCCUGUCAAAGGACUACCACAAGAAGCAGCAAGGACACCGGCCAAAUGUUGUGCAAGCACUUCUGGAAGGGCUUCAAUUGAGCCACCCUCAACCUAGGAUGCCCAGUGAGCUUAUCAAAUAUAUUGGGAAAACGUACAAUGCAUGGCAUCUUGCAUUGGCUUUGCUAGAAAGCCAUGUCAUGCUGUUCAUGAAUGACACGAAAUGUGCUGAGUCUCUUGCUGAGCUGUAUCGUUUGUUGAAUGAAGAAGAUAUGAGAUCUGGUUUGUGGAAAAAGAGGUCCAUCACUGCUGAAACUAGAGCUGGACUUUCACUAGUUCAGCAUGGUUUUUGGCAGCGUGCUCAGAGCCUGUUUUAUCAGGCAAUGAUUAAGGCGACCCAAGGCACUUACAAUAACACAGUCCCUAAGGCUGAAAUGUGUCUUUGGGAAGAGCAGUGGCUUCACUGUGCAACUCAGCUAGGCCAAUGGGAUGCCCUGGUAGAUUUUGGAAAAAGCAUUGAGAAUUACGAUUUAUUGCUUGAUAGUCUGUGGAAGCUACCGGAUUGGACAUAUUUGAAGGAUCAUGUGAUCCCCAAGGCACAGGUAGAAGAGACUCCAAAGCUUCGUUUGGUUCAAGCCUAUUUUGCCCUCCACGACAGAAAUGCUAAUGGUGUUGGAGAUACUGAAAACAUUGUGGGGAAAGGCGUUGAUCUUGCCUUGGAACAGUGGUGGCAGUUGCCUGAAAUGUCUGUUCAUGCGAGGUUGCCUCUCUUGCAGCAAUUCCAGCAAUUAGUUGAGGUUCAGGAAUCUGCUAGGAUUCACGUUGACAUUGCUAAUGGGAGCAAAGUUUCUGGAAGUUCUGCUGUUGGUGUAAAUGGAAACCUUUAUGCAGAUCUGAAGGACAUUCUCGAGACUUGGAGACUCAGGACUCCAAAUGAAUGGGACAAUAUGACUGUCUGGUAUGAUCUUCUGCAGUGGAGGAAUGAAAUGUAUAACGCUGUUAUUGAGGCUUUUAAGGACUUUGUUACUUCGAAUCCUCAACUUCAUCACCUUGGUUACCGUGACAAAGCGUGGAAUGUCAAUAAACUCGCUAGGAUAGCUCGGAAGCAAGGUCUCUAUGAUGUUUGUGUUCAGAUACUGGAAAAAAUGUAUGGUCACUCGACGAUGGAAGUACAGGAAGCCUUCAUUAAGAUUAGAGAACAGGCGAAAGCUUAUCUGGAAAUGAAGGGAGAGCUUGCUAGUGGUCUUAAUCUUAUCAACAGCACAAACCUAGAAUACUUUCCACUGAAAAACAAAGCUGAGAUAUUACGUCUGAAAGGGGAUUUUCAUCUGAAGCUAAAUGACACUGAAGGUGCCAACAUUGCAUAUUCCAAUGCGAUCACCCUGUUCAAGAAUUUGCCGAAAGGAUGGAUAAGCUGGGGGAGUUAUUGUGAUAUGGCAUACCAAGAAACACAAGAUGAAAUCUGGCUAGAAUAUGCCGUCAGUUGCUUUCUUCAGGGUGUAAGAUUUGGUGUUUCCAAUUCCAGAAGCCAUAUGGCUCGUGUUCUUUACCUUCUUAGUUUCGAUACUCCAAAUGAGCCUGUCGGGAGGGUCUUUGACAAGCAUUUGGACCAAGUACCUCACUGGGUGUGGCUUUCUUGGAUACCACAGCUCUUGCUCUCUCUGCAAAGAACGGAAGCACCUCAUUGCAAACUUGUUCUAUUGAAAAUUGCUGCCGUAUUCCCACAGGCUCUCUAUUACUGGCUACGUACAUAUUUACUGGAGCGACGUGAUGCUGUAAAUAAAUCCGAACUUGGCAGACUGGUAAUGGCACAGAGGAUGCAACAAAACACUCCUGGUGGAGGCAAUUUGCCCUCGGAGGCUCAAAUUCAUCAUGGCCCUCAAACUGGUGGAAGCACUCAUGAUGGUGUACACCCUAAUGGGCAAGAAAGUGAACGUUCCUCUGCAGAAAACAAUGUGAAUCCUGGAAAUGAUGAUCAACCUAUGCACCAAAGCAGCAGUGAAAAUAGUCAACCCACGGUACGGCGGAAUGCAUCCUUGGCAAUGUCAGCUGCUACUGCUUUUGAUGCUGCAAAGGAUAUAAUGGAGUCCCUUAGGAGUAAACAUAACAACUUGGCGAGUGAACUUGAGAUUCUUCUCACAGAAAUCGGGUCAAGGUUUGUUACUUUACCAGAGGAAAGACUACUGGCUGUGGUGAAUGCUUUGUUGCAUCGAUGUUACAAAUAUCCGACUGCCACAACUGCCGAGGUUCCCCAACCGCUAAAGAAAGAGCUUUCGGGUGUCUGUAGAGCUUGUUUCUCGGCGGAUGCUGUGACAAAGCAUGUUGAAUUUGUCAGGGAGUACAAACAAGAUUUUGAACGUGACCUCGAUCCAGAAAGUGCGUCUACGUUCCCAGUCACGCUCUCCGACUUAACCCAACGGUUGAAACACUGGAAAAACAUCCUUCAAAGCAACGUCGAAGACAGGUUUCCAUCUGUGUUAAGGUUGGAAGACGAAAGCCGGGUGCUUCGUGACUUCCAAGUUGUUGACGUCGAGAUUCCCGGGCAGUACUUCACUGACCAGGAAGUGGCACCUGAUCAUACAGUGAAGUUGGAUAGGGUUGGUUCAGACAUACCGAUUGUCCGGAGGCACGGAAGCAGCUUCAGGCGUUUGACACUUAUUGGCUCGGAUGGAUCACAGAAACAUUUUAUUGUCCAGACAUCACUGACACCUAAUGCUAGAAGCGACGAACGAAUCUUGCAGCUUUUCCGAGGGAUGAACCAAAUGUUUGAUAAGCAUAAAGAGUCGAGACGCCGCCAUAUAGGAAUUCACACACCAAUCAUAAUUCCUGUUUGGUCUCAGGUCCGGAUGGUCGAGGAUGAUCUAAUGUACAACACUUUCCUCGAGGUGUAUGAAAAUCAUUGUGCAAGGAACGAUCGAGAAGCAGAUCUUCCCAUCACUUAUUUCAAGGAGCAACUCAAUCAGGCUGUAUCUGGGCAGAUCUCAGCCGAAGCAAUCAUCGAUAUUCGCCUCCAAGCUUAUGGCGAAAUCGCGAAAAACCUGGUAAACGACAGCAUCUUUUCACAGUACAUGUACAAGACAUUGAUGAGUGGAAGUCAUAUGUGGGCAUUCAAGAAGCAAUUCGCUGUCCAGCUAGCUGUAUCCAGUUUCAUGUCGUUCAUGUUACAAAUCGGUGGAAGGUCACCGAACAAGAUCCUGUUUGCCAAGAACACAGGAAAGUUGUUCCAGAUGGAUUUCCACCCAGCGGCCUACGACUCGAACGGGAUGAUCGAGUUUAAUGAACCCGUUCCCUUCCGCCUCACCAGGAACAUGCAAGCUUUCUUCUCUCAUUUCGGAGUCGAAGGUCUUCUCGUCUCAGCCAUGUCUUCCGCCUCUCAAGCUGUCAUCUCCCCCAAGCAAAAAGAACAUCUGAGGUAUCAGCUGGGGAUGUUCUUCCGGGACGAACUGCUGUCGUGGUUCGGGAGAAGACCAAUAGGCGUCACUCCUCUAAACUCGGCCGAUCUCAGACACAAGGUUGACUCCAAUGUCGAUGAUGUCAUUGGCCGGAUAAAGGGCAUUUCCCCACACUACUUGUCCGAAGAGGAGGAUGAUAUCAACGCAGUGGAGCCACCACAGUCAGUGCAGAGAGGUGUGAAUGAGUUGGUAGAAGCUGCAUUGUCGCCACGUAACCUGUGCAUGAUGGACCCCACUUGGCAUCCCUGGUUCUAACUUCUGUUUUUUUUUUUUUUAACUUACUGUAAUAAUCCCCCAAAAAAAAAAAAAAAAAAAAAACCUGCCGCUAAAUCUUUAUUUAUUUUUUUGUAACUAUGGGUUGUGUGAAAGUAUAAUCCUUUUUUUUUGUAUCUAAACUCCGACAACUUUAAGAGAAUUCCUCCGUCAGUUUAGGCUGCU